CCUCCACAGACACAUAAAGCAGCAACCUGUCCUGGUGAGGGACAGUCACUCACUCAACCCACAGACCCGGCCGCCGGACAGAACCCAGGACCACUCCCUGAGACAAUGACCAUGUUUGAAAAUGUCACCCGGGCCCUGACCAGACAGCUGAACCCUCGAGGGGACCUGACGCCUCUGGACAGCCUCAUAGACUUCAAGCGCUUCCACCCCUUCUGCCUGGUGCUGAGGAAAAGGAAGAGCACGCUCUUCUGGGGUGCCCGGUACCUGCGCACCGACUACACCUUCUUGGAUGUGCUGGAACCUGGCAGCUCACCCUCCAACCCAACAGACUCUGGGAACUUUGCCUUUAAGAAUAUGCUGGAUGCCAAAGUGGAGGGACAGGUGGAUGUGCCAAGGACAGUCAAGGUGACGGGGGCUGCAGGACUGUCUCGGAACAGCACCUUGGAGGUCCAGACGCUCAGUGUGGCUCCCAAGGCCCUGGAGACCUUGCACCAGGAGAGGAAGCUGUCAGCAGAGCACCCGUUCCUGAAAGAGAUGCGAGAUCGAGGCGAGAACCUGUAUGUGGUGAUGGAGGUGGUGGAGACAGUGCAGGAGGUCACUCUAGAGAGAGCCGGCAAGGCAGAGGGUGUCUUCUCCCUCCCUUUCUUCGCUCCAUUGGGGAUACAGGGAUCCAUCAACCACAAGGAGGCGGUAACCAUCCCCAAGGGCUGCAUCCUGGCCUUUCGAGUGAGGCAGCUGAUAGUCAAAGGGGAAAAUGAAUGGGAGAUUCCACAUAUCUGCAACGAUAACAUGCAAACCUUCCUUCCUGCAGAAAAGCCAGAAGAGGAGAAGCUCAUCCUCAUCCAGGCAUCUGAUGUCGGGGAAAUGCAUGAGGACUUCAAGACGCUCAAAGCAGAGAUUCAACGAGAGACCCAAGAAGUGGAGAAGCUGAGUCCCGUGGGACAAAGCUCCUUGCUCACGGCCCUCUGCAAACUUCUAGGAAAGAAAAAGGAGCUACAAGACCUGGAGCUCACGCUUGAAGGGGCUCUCGACAAAGGACAUGAAGUGACGCUGGAGGCACUCCCAAAAGACGUCCUCAUAUCCAAGGAGGUUAUGGGCGCCAUCCUCUACUUCCUUGGAGCACUAACAGAGUUAAGUGAAGCCCAACAGAAGCUGCUGUUGAAAUCCAUGGAGAAAAAGAUCCUGCCUGUGGAACUGAAACUUGUGGAGAGCACACUGGAACAGAAUUUUCUGCAUGACAAAGAGGAUGUUUUCCCCCUGCAAGCUAACCUGCUCGCCUCGCUUGGGGAAGAGGAACUGAUCCUCACUGAGGCCCUCGUGGGGCUGAGCGGCCUGGAAGUGCAGAGAUCGGGCCCUCAGUACACAUGGGACCCAGACACCCUCCCCCACCUCUGUGCCCUUUACGCCGGCCUCUCCUUCCUGCAGCUGCUGACCAAGGCCUCCUAACUUGCCUUUUCCGUCUGCCUGUUGCUUCCCUAACGCCUUCCCUACCUCACUGUGCUACGUCCUUAACAUUCAAGGGCAUUUCAUAGCCGCCAGGCCAAGGAGGAUGAAAAUCCUAGCUGAUCCCCCAAGAUAACCAAUUUCCACUUGACCAAGUCUGUAUCUCCUCCUGCACCUGUAGCUCUGCUACCCGCUAAGCCCACCCGCUGACGCUUAAGUCCUCUGAGAGUAGAAACACUCAAAUUUUAAAAAUUAUGAACCAUUUCAGCAAAACCAAAAUUAAUUAAUUUUCUAUCCCAAUCCCUCAAUCUUGUGCUUUUAAAAAAAAAUCAAGCUUUACUAGAAUUAAUGGAAAAUAUUUCACUUUG